AUAAGCAAGCCCAAAUUUCAUUUCUUAGUUCAUCUCCCGGCGUAUAUUCAAUGUUUCGGACCAGCAGUGAUAUUUUCGACCGAACGAUACGAGUCCUUCAACCAUGUAUUUCGUUUGUCGUGUGUAUACAGUAAUCGCCAAGCACCAAGCCGCGACUCCUGCCGAACAUUCGCUCAUCAAGAUAUCGUCAAGCACAUUGUCAUGGGUGGGUAUUGGUACGAUAACAAAGCCUCAAAAUGGGUC